AUCACUCCCCAACCUUCCAAAGAGAAAGAAACUAACCAAUCCCCCUCUCUCUCUCUCUCUCUCUCUCUCUCUCUCUCUCUCUCUCACUCUCUCUCUAAAAGUCUCUGCCUAACUCUUUGUUUACCUCUGCUGUCCCAUUCUCCUCCAGUGGUGUGCCUGACUUCCUCCACAACCAUCGGAAAGCUUUCUCCGUUCAGCAGAUAAAGCCUAAAGGUCUAUGAGGAUGUUAGAAAAGAUGGACAAAAAAUUUGACCCCGAGGAAAUCAUAGAAGAAUUUGAGAUGCUUACGAAGGAUGCCGAGAGGGUUCAGAGAGAGACCCUGCAUAAAAUACUGGAAGAAAAUGGCAGCGCGGAGUACUUGGAGAAAUGGGGUCUUGAUGGAAGAACUGACCCGGAUAGUUUCAAGGCUUGUGUGCCCCUUGUCACUCACAAGGAUUUGGACCCUUACAUUCAGAGGAUCGCUGAUGGUGAUAAUUCCCCCAUUCUUACUGGAAAACCCAUCACAACCAUCUCAUUAAGUUCUGGUACCACUCAGGGAAAGCCCAAGUUUGUCCCUUUCAAUGAUGAAUUGUUGGAUUCAACUAUGCAGAUCUUUAAGACAUCUUAUGCUUUUAGAAACAGGGAAUUCCCAAUUGGAAAUGGUAAGGCCUUACAGUUCAUCUACAGCAGCAAGCAGUUUGAAACGAAAGGUGGUCUUGCUGCAGGCACUGCUACUACAAACGUGUAUCGCAGUUUACAGUUCAAGAAUACAAUGAAGGCAAUGCAAACCCCAUGUUGUAGCCCUGAUGAAGUGAUAUUUGGUCCUGACUUCCAGCAGUCCUUAUACUGCCAUCUCUUAAGUGGGCUCAUUUUCUGUGAUAACGUCCAGCUCGUGGGUUCUACAUUUGCACACAGCAUUAUCUAUGCCUUCCGAACCUUUGAACAAGUAUGCGAAGAACUAUGUACUGACAUAAGAGAAGGAGUUCUCACAAGCCGAAUCACUGUCCCGUCUAUCCGAACAGCUAUGUCAAAACUGCUCAAGCCAAAUCCUGAAUUGGCUGACAUGAUCUAUAAAAAGUGCAUGGGGCUAACUAAUUGGUACGGUUUAAUACCAGAGCUAUUUCCUAAUGCCAAGUAUGUUUAUGGGAUCAUGACCGGGUCAAUGGAACCUUAUUUGAAAAAACUGAGGCACUAUUCGGGCAAUUUGCCGCUACUGAGCGCGGAUUAUGGGGCUUCUGAAGGGUGGAUCGGAGCAAAUGUGAACCCGAAAUUGCCUCCUGAAUCGGCUGCUUAUGCUGUCCUUCCUAAUAUCGGGUAUUUCGAGUUUAUCCCCCUCAGGGAGAAUGCUGAGGUUCUGAAGAAAGAUGAAGUUGGAUCCUUCCAAGCAGUUGGUCUGACUGAGGUCAAGGUUGGGGAGGAGUACGAGAUCAUUGUCACCAAUUUUGCAGGUUUGUACCGGUAUAGGUUGGGAGAUGUGGUCAAGGUAAAGGGAUUCCACAACUCCACUCCAGAACUCCAAUUUAUUUGCAGGAGUAACCUUCUUCUCACCAUUAACAUCGACAAAAACACCGAAAAAGACUUGCAGCUUGCCGUUGAAGCUGCAGCCAAACUGUUAGCAGAAGAAAAGCUGGAUGUCGUUGAUUUCACAAGCCAUGUCGAUGUAUCAACAGAUCCAGGCCACUAUGUCAUUUUCUGGGAAGUGAGCGGGGAAGCAGGCGACGACCUUUUGAAAGAAUGCUGCAACUGUUUGGACCUAUCAUUUGUGGAUGCAGGGUAUAUGAGCUCGCGUAAGGUUAAUACCAUUGGAGCGCUGGAGCUCAGAGUUGUUAAGAGGGGAACCUUCCUCGAGAUUCUAGAUCACUUUGUCGGACAGGGAGGCGCCGUCAGCCAGUUCAAGACACCACGUUGCGUGGGCCCCGCUAAUAACAACGUGUUGCAGAUCCUCAGUGGCAACGUGGUCAAGAGCUACUUCAGUUCUGCUUUUUAGCUUGAACAUUGGUGUCAUUUAAGUACUUUUUUAUCAUGUUAUAAAGGAACUCAAAUGUAUACAAGGUCUUAAAAACAUUUGAUAGUUUCUUUAUCCAUACAAAUUCUCAUAAUGUAUGAUUUGAGUUUCAGUUCAUGUUGAUGAUAUGCAUAUAAAAGGUGCAACUUUCGCAGGA